CGAGUGGAAUAGCUCUUUUAUAGGUCUGGCACAAGCACACAAAAUAUAAAUUACAUGAAGUUUCGUUGAAAUAAUGGCGGAUUCCGAAAUUGUAAUGAGCUACAAAUUUUAAAAUUUCAAGGUAAUGUAGCAAUAAAACUGCAGCUUUUUGGAGAUGACAAGAAGUAAAAUUGUAUUAAGCAUGUAAAAGUCUUACUGUCUUAAGCUUUUCACGACCUUUCUUGCGGUGUCCAACGGGAAUGAAAGAAAAUGGGUCACAGAUCACGGACUAAAUGUCUUUCUGACAAACACGUAUGCCUUGGCAGAAUAAAAUUGCAAUGCGUCGAGUUCUCUGUUGCAAGGUUUUUAAUUCUAUCUUCAAAGUCAACACUUUCACAUUACUGGCAUCAAGUUGCUGUUGCAUCUCUUGUAUGGACUGGCCUUGUAAUGUGGAAUCCAAGCAAAAUUGUUUUUCAGGAGGCUCAUUAUCCACAUCUUGUUGCUCGUGAAGAGUUGAAGCCUCUCCAAGAUUGGAUAUAUCAAUUUUAUUAUGUUAAGGUUCACUUACUGUCAGUCGAGGAAAUAGCAUUUUACGCUUCUUUACAACCUUUCAGUGUAAAGUAAUGUAAAUUUUUGUUUAAUAUAGAAAAUUUUAUCAUAGAUUCAGUGAAAA